AUGAUAUACAGUAUAUAUAUAUGGUGUCUACCUAUGAUUUAAAGGUAAAAAACCGUAAAUAUAGAUAUCAUGUAUCCCUGAGCUACACACACACAUAUAUACAAUCAUAUAUACAUACAAUUAAAUUGCUAUUUAAAUUUCAAACUUUUCAUUUUAUUUGAUUUUUACAUUGAAAUUUAAAAAAAAAUAAAUUGAAAACAACUUAAAAACAACAAUCAAUAUGAGUGACAACGACCUGUUCGGGUUCGGGUGCAAAAAGUGGACACUGUUUACACUGUGUUUGUUGGGUGUGGUCAGUACGUUGAUUAUCAUAAUUGCCGCAUCCGUACAGAUCAAUAAAACCGAUCACAUGGAUGGCAUCAAAGACCAGGAUCUUAAGGCUGGAAAGAGAGUGGCCAUCGCUAUCAUAGCCUCGAUCGGUACCAUUAGUAUUAUUGUCCAAUUGUUUGGACUGUGCGGUGCCCUACGGGAGAGCUACUGUCUAACCCUAACCUAUGCCAUAAUUAUGACAAUCGUAACAUUGCUGAUGAUAUUGCCGGCCGCACGCGGUUCGGGCGCCUUUUGGUUUACGUUUGUACUUAAUAUACUCAUCACAAUAUUGGCCUAUUUGUUGGCCCGUGACCUACGCCAGGGUUACGGUACGCACGGUUCGUAUGCCUAGAAAAAAAAAAUAGUGUAUGGGUUAGGUGGGCG